AUGACCAACUGUAAACGUCCAAGAAUUUGUAAAUCGUACAUAUGUAUUUUCGUAUGUUUGUCAACGAAGGCGAUCCACAUUGAAUUGGUCACUGACUUAACAGCCGAGGCCUUUAUUGCGGCAUUCAAACGCUUCACUUCGCGACGCGGCAAGUGCAGCAAUUUGUAUAGCGACAAUGGCACCAAUUUCCAUGGUGCUCAUCGCUUGUUGACGGACAUGCAUAAAAGUUUACUCAAAGAAUCUUUCAAUCACGAAAUCUACUCUCAUUUGGCUAGAGAUGGCACAACGUGGCACUUCAUCCCACCCUCGUCGCCACAUUUCGGUGGGAUAUGGGAGUCAAAUGUGAAGUCCAUUAAGCAUCAUCUACGAAGAGUGAUAGGUGAAACCCUGCUAUCCUUCGAAGAGCUAUACACUUUGUUGACGCAGAUUGAAGCUAUACUGAACAGCAGACCAUUGUGUAGCAUUUCAGACGCAGAUCAAAACCCACUGACGCCAUCGCAUUUUUUAAUUGGAGAGCCAUUGACUGCUACUCCGGAACCUACAAUAUCAACUAAAUUCUCACUGAAAUCUUCAUGGAAUCAUAUUCGCAACAUGGCACAAGGUUUUUGGAAACGCUGGAGUUUGGAGUACAUAACUUCCCUCCAACAUCGUACUAAAUGGACUACCGCUCAACCUAACCUGACACCCGGAAAACUCGUAGUGAUCAAGGAUCCCAGCAUUCCUCCGACAAAGUGGAUGUUGGGCAAAAUCGAAGAAGUCUAUGCAGGCCUCGACGGGUGCGUGAGAGUUGUCACAGUACGCACUGGAAAGGGCACUUAUAAACGACCGAUCACGAAAAUCGCCUUGCUACCAACUUCUGGCUGA